AUGCUUGGGAAGGUCGCUCUCGAGGAAGCAUUUGCGCUCCCGCGCAAUGCCGAGACCACCGAAUGGUGGGCAGGCAUGUUCGCCGUGGACCCAGCGAAGCACACUCGCGAAAUCAACGACAUCAACAAAUUGCGAAUCGAGAAGAUGGACAAGUUUGGCGUCGGCUACAAGAUCCUUUCGUAUACCGCUCCUGGUGUUCAAGAUGUCUGGGAGCAGAGCAAAGCAGAUGCUCUUGCUCGUGAAGUGAACGAUCACGUUGCCAAAGAGAUCAAGGGGUUUGAGACCAGAUUAGGGGCUUUUGCGUAAGUUGGGAAGAAGUAUGCAAAUUGGGUUGCAAAGAAGUCGCUAAUAUCUUGAUAAGCACCCUCUCGAUGCACGACCCAAAAGUAGCAUCCGAAGAACUGAAACGCUGCGUCGUCCAAUACGGCUUCAAAGGCGCUCUCGUGAACGACACUCAACGAGACGACGAAUCCGGCAGCUCUAUGAUCUUCUACGAUGGUCCAGAGUGGGACGUCUUCUGGUCCACUGUCCAAGAAUUGGACGUACCAUUCUACCUCCACCCUCGCAAUCCCACCGGAGUCUUCCACGAGAAACUCUGGGCACCUCGCAGAUGGCUCAUCGGCCCACCCCUGAGCUUCGCCCAGGGCAUCAGUCUGCACCUCCUAGGAAUGGUAACCAACGGAGUCUUCGACCGUUUCCCGAAAUUACAAGUCGUCAUCGGCCAUCUAGGAGAACACCUCCCCUUCGACCUCUGGCGGAUAAACCACUGGUUCGAAGACGUCAAGAAGCCCCUGGGUCUCGACUGCAAGAAGACGAUCCGGGAGUAUUUUGCGCAGAAUAUCUGGAUUACGACGAGUGGGCAUUUCUCUACCCCGACGCUGGAGUACUGCAUCAAGGAGAUUGGGUGGGAGAGGAUUCUGUUUUCGAUUGAUUAUCCGUUUGAAUCCUUUGAGGAUGCUUGCGUUUGGUACGAUGGAGUGGAGUUGGAUAAGGAAGAGACUGUGAAGGCUAUUGGGAGGGAUAAUGCCAAGAAGCUUUUCAAGCUUGGAGAGUUUAAGGAUGAUAGUGCUUAG